AUGGCUCUCGUUAGAAACAAUCAAUUCCUCAAUCUCAAGCUUUCUCUUCCAAAAGUUUCCACCACUUCCGUCCCCUGCUGCUUCCCCAUCGCAGCAGCCUCCACAACAGUUACUUCCUGCACAAGUAACACUGUUUCUGUUUCUGAACUAGAGAGAAUCAACGUUCUCGGCAGCGGAAACGGCGGAGCCGUCUACAAAGUCAGCCACAAGACAACCUCGGAGAUGUACGCGUUGAAGAAAGUCAAAGGAGACAUGGAUUCUGCUUCCCGUAACCAGCUCCUCCGCGAGAUCCAAAUCCUCCGCCUCGUCGACUCUCCUUACGUCGUAAAGUGUCACGACAUCUUCGAGAAACCUUCUGGAGAAGUAUCUAUUCUUAUGGAAUACAUGGAUCUAGGCACGCUCGAGUCACUACGUGGCAACGCCGUCACAGAGGAUCAACUCGCUUCGAUCGCUCGUCAAGUAUUGAAAGGGUUAAGUUACUUGCACGGGCUCAAGAUCGUUCACAGAGACAUCAAGCCAGCGAAUCUGCUUCGUAACUCGAAAGGAGAGGUCAAAAUCGCAGACUUUGGAGUGAGCAAGAUCAUGGUCAAGUCCUUGGACAAGUGCAACUCGUUCACCGGCACGUGCGCCUACAUGAGCCCCGAGAGAUUCGACAGUGAGGCUGCCGAUGCAGAGGAAGACAAAUCAAACGUUUACGCCGGAGAUGUGUGGAGUUUUGGGCUUACGAUGCUCGAGAUCUUAGUGGGUUACUUCCCGCUUCUUCCUCAAGGACAUAAACCAGAUUGGGGCACGCUAAUGUGCGCCGUGUGCAAUGGAGAACCACCGAAAGCCCCCCACGGAUGCUCCGGUGAGUUGAAGAGUUUCAUCGAUUGCUGUUUACGCAAGAAACCGAGCGAGAGAUGGACAGCUUCACGGCUUCUCGCCCACCCGUUUCUUCUCCGCCAAGACUAG